AUGAUAAAGGAAAAUGAUAGAUAUGGUGAAGAUAGUAGAUACUCUAUUUAAAACUAAACAGAAUCAACAGAAUAUGAAAGAAUGAUAAUAUAAUUAUAGAAUUAGAUUGAAACACUUAAUGAUAGGUUAUUAGAAAAUAGUUUUACAAAUUUGGAGCUAAAAUAAACAAUUAAAAAACUUGAAAUGCUUGAAUAAGAAAAAGAAGGAAAAAUAAAAUAAUUAAAUGCUAAAAUGUAAAAUAAUUAUGCUAUAUAGAGAAUUAAUAAAUAAAGCCUAAAAAGAUAAAAGAAAUAGACAUUUGAAAGAGAUUUAUAGUCUUAAAAAGUUUACAUAUCAAAUUCUUUAAAGAUAUGUGAGUCAUCAAAUUUAUGAUGAGAAUGAUGAAAACUUUUAUGAUUAUGAAUCAAAUAUUGAGAAUAUUAUUGAAGAAAUUAUUCAAUCAUAAAAAUGUUAAAUUGUUUAAAUAAGAAAAUCAUUUGAACCUAUUUUAUAGUAAUAAUAAAUAGUUAUUUAAAAUAAUGAUUAUCAUAAUUUGGAAUNUUAUUUCAAUGUAAUUUUAUAGAUUAUAUUAUGA